AUGGCCUCUCGCAAAAGCUUUAUCUUAGCUUUCUUCAUUGCUCUGGCAUUUUCAAGCAUGACCAUCAGCCUGGCUGCCCGUCAUCUCCUCCAGUUACCAACACUGCCACCAUUGCCUUCCAUACCAAACCUGCCACAGCCCACAUUGCCCACCUUACCUACAACUCAGCCAUCACUACCAAAGCCAACACUACCUCCACUUCCUAGCAUCCCUACCAUUCCUACAGUCCCAAAGGUCACUUUCCCUCCUCUUCCAAGCAUGCCCUCAAUCCCCACAAUUCCAACUAUCCCCUCUAUUCCAUUCCUUUCCCCUCCCCCUGCAACUACUAGCCCUUGA